AUGCCUGGGGUUAUCCGUAAAUUGAUUGACAAAGCAUUUGCAAAUGAAAGCCCCAAAACCUCCUCAACUGAGUCACCAUGGGGCAUACUGGAGGUGACGUGCAAGUCGGAGGGCACGUCGACGGAAAAUCCCGUUGUAGAUGUCGUUUUCGUCCAUGGGUUAAAUGGAAACCGUGAACGCACUUGGACCGCGAAGAACGGAAUAUUGUGGCCUCGAGACCUACUCGCAGACGAGAUCAAGAAUGCAAGACUUCUCACCUUUGGCUGGGAUGCUCGAACAUACAGCAGCGAUGUGCUCUCGGCCACGAGUCUGUCACAACAUGGAAAUAAUCUCCUCCAGGAGCUCAGCAUCUAUCGUCGUAGCACAAAUACGAGACAUCUCCCUAUCCUCUUCGUUGCUCACAGCUUAGGAGGCCUUAUAUUAAAGAGUGGACUGGUCAACGCCCACUUAGCCACCUCCGAUCAUAACACACAUCUUCGGGAAGUCUCUGAGUGGUCCUACGGAAUCAUCUUCCUGGGCGUUCCGCAUCAAGGCUCCGGCGCCGCUGGGCUAGGAGAAUUUCUGUUGAACCUCAAAUCCGUUUAUCUCAACACGGACACUAGAUUUGUUAAACACAUGAAAGAGAAAUCAGAGUGGCUCGAGAACAACAUGAUGCAAUUCGCCAAUAUCAGCAACAAGUUCCAUACCUGCUACUGCUACGAAGCCUUUCCAGUGGUAAAACAUGGUUUGGAGAUCCUCAUUGUGCCAUUUUCUUCGGCCGUGCCGCCUGGACAGCGAGGAGGAGAAAUCCGGCAGUUCAUGAAGAACCACACCACAAUGACAAAAUUCGAAAACAAGCAGGACAAUGACUAUCAAGCUCUUCGACAGAUGAUCAAAGAGAUGUGUCGAGAAGCAGCUACAUGGACUGGCCAGAAAGCGGACUUCCAUAUUGAUGAGAGGCACCGCUCUUCUGCCGGCACAAUUGUUCCUGACCUGGGAUCCGACAAGUUUGAAGUGUCCUUUGAUUCCGUUCCGACCAACAACGCUUUCUUCACUGGCCGUCGAAACGAGCUUGAAAAACUAUGCUCUAUCCUUGUGCCGAAGACUGAUACCGGCCAUGAUACAAUGGGUGGGGCUUUGGCGCGUUCACCAGUCUCUACCAUGACUGCCGUUUUACAAGGCCUGGGCGGCGUCGGUAAGACUCAAAUCGCCCGAGAGUUUGCCUACUCAUACCGACACUGUUUUACCUCGAUCUUCUGGUUCGACGCCCACAGUCUCGAUACCUUGCUGGCAAGUUUCGUGCAGCUUGCGGAACAGCUCAUUAGCCGCUACAAGGACUUGCUUUCCGGUUUAGUUGGCGUGGAACAUGCCGGUGUCCAGGCAGCUUUUCAGCUCGACAUGGUCGGAUCUAUCAAUGAAACGGGCAACGUAUUGCCCAACUGUUCGAAAAAGAUUGUGGGGCCAGUCAAGAAAUGGUUUCAAGCCCAGGGCAACGGACAAUGGCUGCUCAUCUACGACAAUUACGAUCAUCCACAGCGCUACAAAAUUGGCGAGUAUUUGCCCAAUUCAGGGCACGGAGGUAGCAUAUUAAUUACGUCCCGCCGCGAUGAGUGCUAUACCCUGUGCAAGCCGGAAAGUUUCCUGAGUAUAAAGUCAAUGACGUCUUCGGAGGGCAUUGAGCUGCUUCUCAAAUACUGCAAUGUGGCUGAUAGUUCCACUUCGGGCGCAGAGUAUGAAGAGGCACGUCAGAUCGUCGAAGCACUGGGACAUCUACCGCUGGCAAUUGACCUUGCUGGUUCGUACUUGAGAAAGCGCAGAUGCCCGUUGAAAAAUUAUCUCAAGAUCAAAAAUAGAAUGUUGAAAACACUCAACGACAAGCCAUUGAACUGUGCAGAGUCGUACGAAUACACCGUUUUCACGACUUGGGAGGUCUCCUUUGCCGUGAUUGACGAAGACGAUCCGGAGUCGGCGGAUUUUCUGCUGCUAUGGGGCUUUUUGUCCAAUGAGAAAAUUCAGGUCGAGAUGCUACAGCGAGGGAUGGGCCUGGAGGACGAUGAAGGUAAGCACGUGCUCAUUUACUCCUGUCCUUUGCUGAAUAUCCACUCCAACUAUGUUUCUCAUCGCUGGAGCGCAUGCCCUAGUGCACGUGGACAGUGCGAAAUAGGAUAG